UAAACACCUUAUAAUGCAUAAUCAAGAUAAACAAACACAUGAUACUCACCAAAGUUGGGGAAUUAUCAGUAUUCUGAGCUUGGUUUGUAAUUAUGUCAUAGUUAUAAUCAUCCAUCUAUAGAAUAAUCAUUUCCAAACAUCUAUUUCUACAUAGUUUUUCUCUUGUUUCUGUGGUAUUUAUUAAUUUUCAUUUACUAACACAUGCCAAUUAAGUACUUGUCAUUAUAAGGUGGCAUUUUAUAGAGUCUUUAGCAUACUAGUCAUGGCAUGGACUUGGAUCACGCUUGUAGCAGUAGUGCUCGCUUGCCUUCUCUGGACAUGGCUGAAGAAAAGGACACAACGAAAUUUACCGCCAGGGCCAAAAAGCCUACCAAUUAUUGGACACCUUCAUAUGUUAGGUAAAAACCCUCAUCAAGAUUUGCAGAAGCUAGCUGAGAAACAUGGCCCUAUUAUGUCAAUGCGCUUUGGAUUCGUCCCCAACAUCAUUGUCUCAUCACCAGAUGCAGCCAAGCAGUUUCUCAAGACCCAUGACCUUAUUUUUGCCAGCAGACCGUCUCUUGAAGCUGCUAAGCACAUUUCUUAUGAGCAAAGAAAUCUGUCAUUCUCAACAUAUGGUCCUUAUUGGCGAAACAUGCGCAAAUUGUGCACCCUGAAAUUGCUCAGUAACCUCAAAAUCAAUUCUUUUCGAGCCAUGAGGGAAAAAGAGGUCGGUGCAUUAGUAAUUAUUCUUGAGCAUGCAGCUCAAGAACAUGCUGCUGUUGAUAUCAGCACCAAAAUAACAUCCAUGACCUCAGAUAUCAGUUGUCAGAUGGUGUUUGGAAAGAAGUUUGAGGACAUGGAGUUCGAUGAAAGAGGAUUUAAAGGUGUAAUUCAUGAGGGGAUGAUCAUUGCAGUGGCUUUUAACCUCGGUGACUAUUUUCCCUACAUUGGUGCACUUGAUCUUCAGGGAUUAACUAGGAAAAUGAAGGCUAUAGCCAAAGUAUGGGAUCAAUUUUUGGAAAAGAUUGUUGAUGAGCAUGACCAGCCAAAGGAGUAUGGUCAGACCAAGGACUUUGUCGAUACCAUGUUGGGUAUCUUGAAAUCUGGAAAUUCAGAAUUUGAGUUUGAUCGCACCCACGUAAAAGCUAUUCUAAUGGACAUGUUUGCUGCUUCAGCUGACACUUCUUCAACAACUAUUGAAUGGACACUUUCUGAACUUCUAAGACAUCCAAGAGUAAUGAAGAAAGUCCAACAAGAGUUAGAAGAAGUAGUUGGACUUGACAAGAUGGUGAAAGAAUCGGAUUUGGAGAGUUUGGAAUACUUGAACAUGGUUGUCAAAGAAGCCAUGAGGCUUCAUCCUGUGGCACCACUGUUACUCCCGCAUCUAUCUGUAGAGGAUUGCAUGGUUGAAGGAUUUUUCAUACCCAAGAAUUCAAGAGUAGUCGUCAAUGUAUAUGCAAUAGGUCGAGACCCUAAGGUAUGGACUGAUGCAGAGAAGUUCCUCCCAGAAAGAUUUUUGGGGAACAAUAUUGAUCUUCGAGGAAGGGAUUUUGAACUUCUUCCCUUCGGUUCUGGGAGAAGAGGGUGUCCUGGGAUGCAAUUAGGUCUCACUAUGGUUCGCCUAGUGGUGGCCCAAUUGUUGCAUUGUUUCAACUGGGAUCUCCCUAAUGGAAUGCAGCUAUCAGAACUUGACAUGACUGAGGAAUUCGGGAUACUUGUUGGAAGGGCUACACACCUUAUCGCCAUUCCUACUUGUCGCCUUAAAACAUGAUAUUGUCUGUAUUUUAAGA